GAUGAACACGGCUCUCCAGUCUCCACUUGAGUUUCAGAGCAAAGGCAUAGGGAAGGGAAGGGAGCUGUGGCUCUUUUCCCACUCGAAUUGAACAAUAUAACGUAACUAAUCCUUGGAUAUCCACCCAAACUCCAGUGGAUCCUGUUGUCUGGGGCGGCUUACGAUUUCCUGCAGAUGUAAGAAAACCAGAAAAAGGAAACGAAAAGGAGCGAGAAAAUUGAGGAAAUACCGGUGCUUUGUGCACUCCUCUGUGCCCGUACAGAAGAGAAGGGGACGAGCCGAUGAAGGGCAGACCCGGCCCCCUAUCAGCGUAGCAUAGAGAGAGAGAGAGAGAGAGAGAGAGAAGGGCGAUGGCGGUGGAUCUGGCGCCGGGAUUGUCCCGGAAGCUGAAGAAGGUGCUGGAAUGCCGGACUGACUCGCCGGAGGUGGCAGCGUCGCUCGCCACCCUCGACACCUUCUAUACCACCAACACCCCGCACGACCGCAGGCACCUCAGAUCCACCAUCGAGAAGCGCUCCCUUUCCAUCAACCAGGAGUUUCUUCUCGCUGCGUCCCCCGCAUUAGAGGCACUGGAUCGUGUGGAGGAAGACGUUAACGGAUUGGCCGAAUGUUGCGAUAAGAUCGCAAAGGCGUUGAGCAACUGUAACAUAAUAACCGGAGAUAUUAUUAGUACCACUGAGAGACUUGAGCAGGAGCUUGAGAGUACCACUCAAAGGCAGGAGAUAGUUUCUUGUUUUCUUCGUGAUUAUCAGCUUUCCAAUGAGGAGAUAAUUGCAUUAAGGGAGGAAAAUUUGAAUGAGAAUUUCUUCAAAGCACUUUCUCGUGUUCAGGAGAUCCAUACCAACUGCAAGAUACUGCUUAGAACACAUCAUCAGCGUGCAGGUUUGGAGUUGAUGGAUAUGAUGGCUGUUUACCAGGAAGGUGCUUAUGAGCGUUUGUGCAGGUGGGUGCAAGCCGAAUGCAGGAAAUUGGGUGACAGUGACAACACUGAAGUUAGCGAUCUUUUAAAGAAAGCUGUUCGUUGUUUGAAGGAGAGACCUGUUCUUUUCAAAUACUGUGCUGAAGAGGUGGCAAAUAUGAGGCAUAAUGCACUAUUUAGACGGUUCAUAAGUGCUUUGACUCGGGGUGGACCUGGUGGACUGCCUAGGCCUAUUGAAGUGCAUGCUCAUGAUCCUUUGCGUUAUGUAGGAGACAUGUUGGGAUGGCUGCACCAGGCUCUAGCUUCAGAACGGGAGCUUGUACUGGUUCUUUUUGAUCCUGAUGCUGCACUUGACACUGGUCCUACUGCACGACGAUUCUCUAAAGAUGGUGCAAACAAUUCAACAAGAUUGGAGACUGACCUAACAUUUGUUCUUGAUCGGAUAUUUGAAGGGGUAUGCCGUCCUUUUAAAGUGAGAGUUGAGCAAGUUCUGCAAUCACAGCCGAGCCUUAUACUUUCAUAUAAACUCAGCAAUACCCUGGAAUUUUACAGCUACACCGUACAAGAUUUGCUUGGAAAAGAUACCGCUCUUUCUAAUACAUUGUUGAUUCUAAAAGAUGCUGCUCAGCAGACCUUCUUUGACAUCUUAAAAACUAGAGGAGAUAAGAUCCUAAAGUAUCCUUCAAUAAUAACAGUUGACCUAUCCCCACCACCAUUUGUAAGUGAAGGUGUUCUGGUUCUGCUAGAAAUAAUUGAUACAUACAACAGCAUGAUGGUUCCUGCAUCAGGGAAAAAGCCAGAUUUUGAACCAGUGAUAUCUGCAUUGUUGGAUCCCAUAGUCCAGAUGUGCCAAAAGGCUGCAGAUGCCCAAAAAUCAAAAGGGACAACUUUGUCAUCCAGACGGAACAAACUGGGCUCAGAUUCACGUCAUUUAAAUCGAUCCGCAUCUUCUUCAGUGGAUGCAAUUCUGAACAACAGUUUGGCUUCCUCUCUUCAGCAUGCUGAAACCCCUUCGACGAUUUUCCUCAUCAACUGUUUGUCAGCCAUUCAACAGCCAUUGUUGGGUCGUGAAGUUGCUGAGAAAUAUGUAAGCCGUCUUGCAUCUAUGAUUGGGGCCCAGCUAAACAUUCUUGUGGACAACGAAGUGGAUGCUAUUCUCAGGGCUUGUAGUCUGUCUGACAAGAUGUCCUAUAUUCAGCGAUUAAUCAAUGAAGAGCAAACCAGUGACAGUUCAUUGCCUCUAGCAACAAUGGAGGAAACAUCGCCUCCUGUAAUUUCAGAGAGUCUUAGAGUUUUCUUUGCCAUUAUCACUGGCAGUGAGGGCUCCCUUCCGGAAUUUGAGCAGAUGCAGGUUCCACAACUUAGGUCAAAGGCUAGCGUUGGUGUGGCAAAGGCCCUUGCAGAAGUGUAUGAACGUAUAUAUGGUGCUAUAGUUGAUCCACGGAACCAGUAUCCUGAACCUAAGUCAUUACUGAGGCAUCCACCAGGUCAGGUGCGGACCAUCUUAGGAAUAUGAGUGUCCUUCACAUGUUGAUGGCCCCCUGAAUCCAGCAUGUCUUGCUGAAAGGUGGUAUUGCAGACUUCCUUCCAAUCAGUUGUAAUUUUCUUCUGGAUUGCCUGAGAGUGAGACCCCACUGAGUAAAAUAGCAAUUCGGGUUGCACCAGUGUUUUUAUACCAAUUUCAAACUAUAAGGUCAAUUCGUCUUUCUUUGUUCUCUUUA